AUGUCAGCAGCUGACAAUGGCCGGAAUAAUCCGGUUCAGCCCCGGAUGCUUCUGGAUAUUAUAAAAGACGACAGGUCCAUCAAGGACAAGAAGAGUUGGAAAACGUUUCGUGAUAAGCUACGGCUCAAGCGAGCCGGUUCUGCCUGGACCUCCUCCGUCCGUGUCCCGGCUUCCGAUGUUAAUGUCCAUACUAGCAGACCCCGGUCCUCACCCCGUGGUCCGCGUUGUUCCAAGACGGCUGACACGAACCAUGCAGAGGACAGGGGUGAACAUGUCUCGGCUUCUAACCCGAAAGACGGUCCACGCUCGAAAAGCUUGAAGCCACUGACGAUGGUACGUCAUCCAUCGGGUCGAAUUUCCUCCAAGAACGCCGACGAAGACGAUGAUGUCGACGACAACGAUGACGAUGACUACGGGUCUUCGGGAGAGGAGGACGGAUCAGAAGAAUCACCCGUGGAGGCAAUGGUGGAGGAGAAGAGGUCAUUAUCCGCUAGGGAAGCGGUGGUUGCACAGGAAGCAGCAGAAGCGGCGGCUGCAGCAGCAGCUGGAACAGAGGAGCCGGUGAAGAUGUCGUUGAUGGACUUGUUGGGGGAGACGGGGUACGGUAUGGGAGAAGACGAGGAAAACGAUGAAGAAGAAGAUGAAGAGGAAGACAAUGCAGUGGAGUCAUCGAGGGGUGGGAUGGAAUAUACGUGCUGCGUUUGCAUGGUUAGGCAUAAAGGCUCGGCGUUCAUUCCAUGCGCGCAUACCUUCUGCCGGCUUUGUUCAAGGGAGCUCAUGGUUCAGCGAGGGAACUGCCCGCUCUGCCAUGGCUACAUCUUGGAAAUUCUUGAUAUAUUUUGA